AUGGAAAAUUUAUUGGAUUGUAAUCUAUUUUAACUAAUUUAUAGCUUAACAUAUUGAAGCAAUGAUUAAUGCAAAUAUAAAAAAUAUUAUGAAGGAUAAUUCAUUAAAUAAGGAAAUAUUCAAUCUAUUAUCUGAUUAAUAAUAAGAAAUCAGCUAAACUAUAUUAGUUGAUGACCCUGUGUAUAUAAAUGGUCAUUAUUAUUACCCAAUAAAAACGGGCAAUAUAAUAGUUAACAGAAGAUAUGGAGAAUUUGUGUUAUUAGCUGAGUAUUUAUUUAAGACAUAACCUGAAAUUCUAUAAAAACCAUUACCUUAAAAAGAAUUUGGGGUUAUUUAUUUAUUUAGCUUUAUUUAAGAAAAUACGUAAUUAUUGAAAUUAAGAAAGUAAAAAUUUUAAAUCUAUAUCAAUGAUAUCAAGAAAUAAUUACCUAAUAAUUAGAUUGUUAUAAAAUUUUUAGAAAACCCAUAAUCAUUUUAUGAAUAAAUUGUCAAUAUAGAUUAUUCAUUAAUAUAACAAUAGCGUUAUAUUGAGAAAAUAAAGAACUUUUAUGAAACAAAAUGGUUAAAAAGUAAUAAUGAAUCAGGAGAAUUAAAUACUAAAAAAGAGUUAUUAUAAACAAAAAUAAUUCAUUUAGAUUAAAUGUAUAAUUAAUAUAUAUUUAUAUAGAUAAACUCAUUUAGUAAUUUUGUAUUUAAAUUUGUAAUAUAAAACAAAGAGUUCUGAAAUCUAUAUCUAAUAGAAUGAAAUCUAAGAGCUUGUUAAUAAAAUUAUCAAAAAUUAAGAACUAUAUUAAGAUGAUUUGAGUGGAAAUAAAUUGGAAAGAUUAACAAAAAAGAUUGGAGAAGUUAUAGAAUUGUAUUAGAAUGUCAGAACAAAUAAAAAUCAAUUUGAUUCAUUUGAGAAACUAUUAGAUGAUUGCUUGAAAUUAGUAAUAUUCACACUUAAAGAAUUAUAAAAAUGA